CUCCUCUCCCACUGGGCUGGGAUGAGGGAGAGGAAUGGCUCACCCUUGAGAGCUGGGGUUCCACCGCCUAGGUCAAUUCGCCAGCUCUCCCACUUACCAGCCAAGACAGGGGAUGAGGAUUGAGAUGAGAUAAACCCAGCAGGUGGCCAUGGGGUAACGGUGGCCAUGAAUAUAAUGUGCCCAGCACAGUGCCUGCUCAGAGGCAACACUCCUUCCCUGGUCUGAAGACCAAACAAGCAGACUGUACUCAGGAAAGCCAGAAGAAACUUCCAGCUGUCUGGGCCAGAAGGUGCCAGCCCAGGAGAUGAAGAAGACGUGAUGUCCAGAGCAGAAAGCGCCUGCAGGCCCUCUGAGGAGCCGGGUGCUCUGGAAUAGAUGAGGGGGCGAAAUGGGGCUAGGGACUAGGGACGGAUAGGGCGGGUGCAGGGCCUGCCUUGCUUGGAAGGCCUGCUCCGACACUGAGAAACACCCAGCCAGCUUCCUUUCAGAAAGACUGGAAUAUUCCAAAACCUCUCACUCAAGGCUCCGGAGGAGGUGGGCUCCAGCUGAAAAGGAAAUGCGGAGGCGUGGGCGCUCCGGGCCUGCAUCCUGCACCGCUUACACUCUGGUUUUCCCACAGACUUCUGAAGAAUAGGUCUGAAGAAAGGGUUAAAGCCUUAAAAGGGGAACGACCAUCGCGGGGCUCGGGGAGGAGGCUACUGUUCUUUGGGAUGCCCCAGCCUGAACCCUGGGGUCCCGAACUCUCCUGUCCCUGGCCAGGCCUGCCAGCACAGGGUGAGGGUCCCCUUCUACCGCCACCUGCCACUCCCACACCAAUAAGGGACCGCCUUCUCUUCCUUCCCCACCCCCCACCCCACCUUGCAUCCUUGCUCUCCCCAUCUCCGCCUCUGAUUGGCUGAGCCCCCGGCUCUACACUCCCCCUCUCCUCCAUCCCUGGUGAAAACUGCGGGCUCCGAGCUGGGUGCAGCAACGGGCGGCGGCGCGUUCGGAGGAGGUUGCAGCAGCGGAAGACCCCAGUCCAGGUGGAAACUGGAGCCGGCGGGACCUGGGGCUCGGGACAGCCGUCAAACGCCCAGAUCCUGGACUGAGCUUCCAGAACCAUGAACCCUGCCAUCAGCAUUGCUCUGCUGCUAACAGUCUUGCAGGUCUCCCGAGGACAGAAGGUGACCAGCCUAACGGCUUGCCUGGUGGACCAGAGCCUUCGUCUGGACUGCCGCCAUGAGAAUACUACCAGCUCACCCAUCCAGUACGAGUUCAGCCUGACCCGUGAGACAAAGAAGCACGUGCUCUUUGGCACUGUGGGGGUGCCUGAGCACACAUACCGCUCCCGAACCAACUUCACCAGCAAAUACAACAUGAAGGUCCUCUACUUAUCCGCCUUCACCAGCAAGGACGAGGGGACCUACACAUGCGCACUCCACCACUCUGGCCAUUCCCCACCCAUCUCCUCCCAGAACGUCACUGUGCUCAGAGACAAACUGGUCAAGUGUGAGGGCAUCAGCCUGCUGGCUCAGAACACCUCAUGGCUACUGCUGCUCCUGCUCUCGCUCUCCCUCCUCCAGGCCACGGAUUUCAUAUCCCUGUGACUGGUGGGGCCCAUGGAGGAGACAGGAGGCCUCAAGUUCCAGUGCAGAGAUCCGACUUCUCUGAGUCAGCUGACCCCCUCCCCCCAAUCCCUCACACCUCGAGGAGAAGUGGGGACCCCACCCCUCAUCAGGAGUCCCAGUGCUGCAUGCAAUUAUCUACCUACUCCCCCACAGCACCUCACCCUCACCGCACACCUCUGGCUGUCUUUUUGUACUCUUUGUUCCAGAGCUGCUUCUGUCUGGUUUAUUUAGGGUUUAUCCUUCCUUUCCUUUGAGAGUUCAUGAAAAGGGAAGCCAGGAUUGGGGUCCUGAUGGAGAGUGAGAGCAUGUGAGGGGUAGUAGGAUGGAGGGGUACCAGCCAUUGGCGAAGUCAUCCUUGCCAAUCGGGACCAGAGACCCAGAGACCUGGAGAGAGGAGUGGGUGGGCUGUGUCUGGGCCUAGCACAGACAUAGUCUGUGCGGAGAGCACUCCUUGGCAGGCAUGGCUGGUGCCUAAAGACCCCAGAUGUGAGGGCACCACCAAGAAUUUGUGGCCCACCUUGUGAGGGAGAGAACUGAGCAUCUCCAGCAUUCUCAGCCACAACCAAAAAAAAAAAAACAACCCUCCUUACCGAUGUGGAAGUCCCCCAGGGGCCCUGGGGCAUGACCCAGUAAAGAUGCAGAUUUGGCCAGGAGAGCAAUGCUAGAUGAGGGUUGGAGGAGGUAAAGGAUGAGAGUUCAUCAUCCCUCCCUGGCAACGGAAGCUAAAAGUGUGGGCCUGCUGCCCCCCAUCUGCCUCCGCUUGCAGUGGAGAGGGCUGCAGAGGAGGGCAAGACCCUCUCAGGCUGUCCCAAGCUCCCAAGGGCUUCCAGAGCUCUGACCCACAGCCUCCAAGUCAGAUAGGGUGGAGUCCCAGAGCUGCACAGGGUUUGGCCCAAGUUUCUAAGGGAGGCACUUCCUCCCCUCGCCUAUCAGUGCCAGUCCCUGCUGGCUCGUGCCCGAGCCCCUCAGACAGCCCCCUGCCCCGCAGGCCUGCCUUCUCAGGGACCUCUGUGGGGCACGAGGCAGGCCAUGGAGUAAGACCCAGGAGCCGGACACUUCUCGGGAAAUGGCUUUUCCCAACCCCCCGCCCCCACCCGGCGGUUCUUCCUGUUCUGUGACUGUGUAUAGUUCCACCACAGCUUACGGCAUCUCAUUGAGGAAAAAGAAAACUGCACAAUAAAACCAAGCCUCUGGAAUCUG